UCCAGCAGGUGAGUGCUACAGACAGGAGAGCUCUGGAUUCUGAACCUGCCAGAAGCAAAGAUGGAGCAAGCCAGCCUCCCCACGAAAACACCCAGCAAUGUCAUCACCUGCCGGGCAGCUAUUGCCUGGACAGCAAAUGCACCCAUGUCCAUUGAGAAGAUUGAAGUUGAUCCACCAAAGGCUGGCGAGGUUCGAAUUAAGAUUAUAUCCUCUGGGAUCUGUGGUACUGAUAACCAUAUCCUGGAAGGGAAAAACAAAGUGCCACUUCCUGCCAUCCUGGGCCACGAGGGAGCUGGAGUUGUGGAGAGUAUUGGACCAGGAGUAACUACUGUAAAACCAGGAGAUAAAGUCUUAGUGCUCCCUCUUCCAGAAUGCAGAGAAUGCAUCUAUUGCCUGCACCCUACGGGCAACUUCUGUAAGAAAGAAAAUCUUCUCCCUCCAACUGGAUUAAUGUUGGAUGGAACCAGCAGAUUUACCUGCAGAGGGAAGAAAAUCUAUCAUCUUUAUGGGACCAGCACAUUCACGGAAUAUACUGUGGUAGAUGAAAUCUCAGUGGUGAAGAUUGAUGAGGCUGCUCCUAUGGAUAAAGUCUGUGUUGUGAGCUGUGAGGUGCCAACAGGCUUUGGAGCUGUAUUUAACACAGCACAGGUCACCCAUGGCUCUACCUGUGUGGUUUUUGGACUCGGAGGGAUUGGAUCAGCCAUUGUCAUGGCCUGCAAAGCCUCUGGUGCUUCUAGAAUCAUCGGGGUUGACAUCAAUGAGCAGAAGUUUCCUCGGGCAAGGGCCUUGGGUGUCACUGACUGUCUCAAUCCUAAGAAGCUCAAAAAACCUGUCCAGGAGGUGGUGAUGGAAAUGACGGGUAUUGGAGUUGACUUUGCCUUUGAGGCCAUUGGACUCACUGAAACCAUGGUCGCAGCUUUGAAAUCAUGCCAUGUGAGCUACGGAGUGUGUGUGAUUAUGGGAGUAGCUCCCACAGAGUCACAGCUUUCUUUUGACCCAGUGGUGCUUCUCCCUGGGAGAACCCUGAAAUCUUCUGUUAUGGGAGGGUAUAAAACCAGAGAUACCAUCCCUAAACUAGUAACUGACUACAUACAAAAAAAAUUCGACAUAGAUGCUCUUAUAACCCACAAGUUGCCUUUUGAAAAAAUCAAUGAAGCAUUCAAAUUGUUACGAGAGGGAAACUGCAUCCGCUGUGUCCUCUUGCUGUGAGACUCCGAUGGUGAUGGCACACUGGCAUUCUCAGCAGUGCUCUUCUGGGCUUCUUUACCUCCUUGAAAAUUAAAUUGCAGACUAUGGAGAUCAAAAUUGGAAAGACAUACAUACACAAUGUUAAGAAAUUAAACUAUUAAAGAAAAUGAACUAUUUCAAAACUC